AUGGCUAUGCAUUUUACUCGAGAUGAGCAAGACAGACGAAGGAUUCCUAUAUUUUUAAAAAACAUCACUAUCAAAGUUUCAAAGGCGCCUACAACAACAGAUGAUAAAUCAAGAAUAAAAAAGAAAUUACAUGGUGGCACUGUCUUUAAGAUUACUGUACAAUAUGGUAACUUGAGUUGGAUAGUGUAUCGUCGUUAUUGGGACUUUGUUAAGCUGCAUUACAUUUAUAAAACUUUAUCAAGCCGAACUCCUCAAUUUCCCAGUAUUCCAAAAUACCGUUUUCAAAACAGGCAACGUAACCUACAGAACUUUGAAGAAGAACAGAAAAAGGGUUCUCAACAACAAUGUACAAUGCUUGAGCCUGUAGUAGACGAGGAUACUAUUAUGGCUCUUGCCAGUUCGGUAAAUGACACACCUGCAACUAAUUCUAGCUUUCAUCUAUUCCUUGACGCAGAUCACAAAGUGUUAAAGGAUAUGGAGGACUAUAUGAAUCAAUUCAUUUCAAGUAUUGGGCCUUGUGGUCAUAUUAAUCGUCUCUGCGUUCAAUUAUCGUCUCGAUUUCCUAAUAUCGGUUACCAUGGUAAGGAAGGCUAUGCUGUCUUCCAGAGUAGAACGGAUCGCGAUCCUAAACAAAAACGCAUGUUAUUACAUGAUGGAUUAAGUUUAUUUACUACGGGAUCCAAAAGAAGACACAAACCCAAGUGGUUUAUUGUUCGUGAAAGUUAUAUUGUUUGUGUGGAUGAUCCCAGUGAGAGCAAAAUUUAUGAUGUCUUUUUAUUUGACCAGAAUUUUGAUAUACAUAGAUUGAUUUUAUUUGGUAAACAUCAUAAAGGCAAGUUUAGUAGUACAUUAGUAAAUGCAUCUCAUUGGGCUUCAAAAAAGUCCACUCUCUGUCUAACCAACAUACAUGGUGUCUAUCAUCUUAGAACUAAAAAUGAACAACAAGCAAGGCAAUUUGAAAAAUCUAUUCAAUCAGUAUCUCAGAAUUCAAUAUGGUGUAAACCUAAUAGAUUUGAUAGUUUUGCACCUAUUCGUCAUAAUAUCCCCCUCACUUGGUAUGUGGAUGGUAGAGAUUAUUUAUGGGAUAUCUCUGUUGCUCUCGAAAAUGCAAAGGAAUGUAUUUACAUUCAUGAUUGGUGGCUAUCACCUGAACUGGUAAGUAACUUCCCUACAUUUUUAAGGAGACCGGCUGCACAAAAUCAUGAAUGGAGACUUGACCGCAUCUUAAAACGUAAAGCAGAUCAAGGCGUAAAAAUCUACAUUAUUAUUUACAAAGAAGUUGCUAUGGCACUCCCGCUCUUCUCACAUACUGCCAAACGUCAUCUUCUAUCUCUCUCUUCUAAUAUCUUUGUUCAACGACACCCUUCACGUGCAAUUGAUAUUUUCAAAAAGGAUAAUAUCUUUUUCUGGGCUCACCAUGAAAAAAUCUGUGUGAUCGAUAAUGAAAUUGCAUUUUUAGGUGGCAUUGAUCAAUGCUUUGGUCGUUGGGAUACACCUGCUCAUAUACUUAUAGAUGACUUACCUGCUAAUGAACAAAUAUGGCCUGGUAAAGAUUAUUCAAAUCCUCGUAUCAUUGAUUUUCAUACAUUAGAUAAACCAUUUGAGGACAAUCAGGAUCGAACAACAUUACCAAGAAUGCCAUGGCAUGAUAUUUCAAUGCGCCUGAUGGGUCAUUCAGCUCGUGAUGCAGCUCGUCACUUUAUACAGCGAUGGAAUUACUUGAGGAGGAAAAAGCCGUUAGCGCCCAGACGACCGACACCUAUGCUUUUACCUGUUCCUGAUCAUGAUGGUAUCUUAAAGAUAGAUCAUUAUGCUUGGCGACCCCAUAUGGCCCAAUGUAGCGUACAAAUUUUGAGAAGUGUGUCGCCUUGGAGUAUUGGUUCUACUAAAUACUUGGAGCAUAGUAUUCAAAAUGCGUAUUUCGAGAGUAUUCGAAAUUCAGAACAUUUUAUUUAUAUUGGUGAUGCUAUUUAUGAACGUAUUGUACGUGCUCACAGAGAAGGUAAAAAAUGGAGGGCCAUUCUUGUCUUACCCUUAAUGCCCGGAUUUCCUGCUAAUAUUGAUGAAACAGAAGCUACAGCUGUACGUCUUAUUUCAGAAUACCAAUAUUUAACCAUUGGACGAGGACCUGAUUCUUUACUUGCUAGAUUACAUGCAGCAGGCAUUCACAAUACACAUGAAUAUAUUAAUUUUUAUGGGUUAAGGAAUUGGGCUGAACUAAAUGGAGAGUUUGUAACGGAGCAAAUCUAUAUUCAUUCCAAAACAAUGAUUGUAGAUGAUAGGAUUGUUAUAAUUGGAUCUGCUAACAUUAAUGAACGAUCUCUUUUAGGAACUCGAGAUUCUGAAAUUGCUGCAUAUAUUGAGGAUACAGACCUUAUGGAUUCCGUAUUAGAUGGUAAAUCUAUUAAAGUCGGUCGAUUUGCCCAUACACUGAGAAUGAGGCUGAUGUGUGAACAUGUCGGCUUAGAUAUUGAUGAGAUAGAUAUUCAAAAAUAUAGCCAAAACAGUUUUAUAGAACACCAUUUUAUUUCUAAGAAUGGCGUGAAUUGUAUACCACCUUAUAUUCAGGUUAUGUCAACAAUCGACCAAGAGAAACAACAACAACAACAAAAUCGACAAGAAGAAUAUGACUUGGAUCAAGCCUCAGAGUUCUCUGAUAGUUCAUCCAGUUCAUCAAAUAUAAAGAAAAAGCAAGAGCUGGGACAAGUGAUAAUAAAUCGAAUGGCUGGUGAUAAGAGUAGACAAUUAUCGGAAUCAUCAGCAGAGCCUCUUCAUCGAGAGGAAACGACUUCUACUACCAAAACCUUUUUCGGUAAACGUAGAAGUCUUGCCAGGGAGGACUAUAUUGAUUUUUGGAAUGAACUUGAUCCAGACACGGAUAAUAAUGGUGAUGGUAUUACCUGUAAUAAUGAACAACUUAAAGUCUUCAACUUUAAUCAAGAUACUAUUUAUAAAAUCCUACAAGAUCCACUCCAUGAUAAUUUCCAAAAUUUUUGGCAUAUGCUUGCACGUGUCAACACUGAUUUGUUUCGAAGAUCGUUUUUAGUAAUGCCUGACAAUAAUGUCAAAACUUGGGCUCAGUAUGAUAAUUACAUAAAAAUGGCAAAGCUAUUUUUGGGACGUAUUGAUAUUAAGCAUGGUGGAACAAAGACAACUGCAGCAGCAGCCACAACUGUACCAUUUUGUGGAUUGAUGGAGGAUGAAGUUUCAAUACGAGAAAUUUUGGGACAUAUUAAAGGGCAUUUAGUGAUCUGGCCCACACAUUUUAUGGAAGAAGAUAAUGAUAAUAUAUUAACUACUGUUGAUAGAAUUGCGCCCAUAGAAAUCUUUGUUUAA